AUGGGCACGAAACGGAAAGCCUCCAUAUUCGAGGAAGACAACCUCUUCUACCAACAACAAUCCCGCGCAGCUACACCGUCCCUUGCCUCGUCGUCGCCCCUAUCGACAACAAGCACGGUGCAAUCCUCAAACGGCGGCGAUGCGAGCCCUUAUGAGUUCCACAGAGUCAAAGCUAUCCCCUACCUGAACAGCCGAACCCGCAAGCGACACCGCGACGAUCGACCCAACGAAGAAGCCAUCCACGAAAACACGUUGAGGAAACUGUACGAUGCCCAGCGGUUCCAUCUCGAUGAAGCAAUGCACAUGUCCGGUGUGCUGGAGUUGGAUGAUCCCUAUGAGCACAAGGAGGGAGAGGACGAGGAUGCCGAGAUGACGGACGAUCUCCCGGAAGUUGAACUGCCGCUGAAGAUCGAACGGAACCAGAGGUCGAUUGAGGCGUUUUUUGGCGGGAAGAGCGGGGCGCAGCCCCGAGGGCCAGCAACGGGCAUGGCGGAGAAUCUUCAGGCAGGCUUUUGGAAAGCCGAGGGGAGAUGA